AUGGCCGCUCCCGCGACACAAUCGCUCAAGUGCGUCGUGACUGGUGACGGUGCCGUGGGCAAAACAUGUCUGCUCAUCUCGUACACAACAAACGCCUUCCCCGGUGAAUACAUACCCACAGUCUUCGACAACUAUUCGGCAAAUGUCAUGGUAGAUGGCAAGCCCAUAAGCCUUGGGCUGUGGGAUACUGCCGGUCAGGAGGAUUACGACCGGCUGCGGCCACUUUCCUACCCGCAGACGGAUGUCUUCCUGAUUUGCUUUUCGAUCGUCAGCCCACCCUCAUUCGACAACGUCAAGGCAAAGUGGUACCCCGAGAUUGACCAUCACGCGCCCGGCGUCCCCAUCAUCUUGGUCGGAACAAAGCUUGAUUUGAGGGAUGAUGAGGCGACCAAGGAGUCGUUGAGACAGAAGAAGAUGGCGCCAAUCCAAUACGAGCAGGCAGUCAUGGUCGCAAAGGAGAUCAAGGCACAGAAAUACCUAGAGUGCUCUGCCCUGACACAGCGCAACUUGAAGAGUGUAUUCGACGAGGCCAUUCGUGCUGUACUCAGCCCUCGUCCUCAGCAACAAGCGAACAAGAAGAAGAGCAAGUGCGUCGUUUUAUAA